AGGUGCUAAAUUUGGCCUAUGUUUUCUUUUCUUUUUGUUUCUACUUUUUGAAGCUUGGAAAAGUGAGCCUUUUGAUCAAUCAUUGCAUAAAACCCAUGAAGGGCAUGAACAAAUUUCUUGCCCUUUGUUUGAAUCCAUUUCUUCUCGAUCCCUCUUUCUUAUUGAAUUAAAUUCAAUCGAGCAUUGUGAUAACACAAAAUCUUUCGAUUCAAGUGAUCUAUAAUUCUAUGGCUAAUACCCAAAACCCCACCAAACAGAUUUCAUCUUUUCUUGGUUCUCCAAGGCUAUUCAAUGUCUUCAUGGCAAAAACCCUUUCUGAUGCAGAAUCAUCACCAACCUCAGUUCUUGACACCAAGCAAUUUUUCACGACUUUCAGAAGUAACCCUUUUCAGUUCAAACAAAGCCCAGAAAAACCCAGAAAGAUCUCUGAUGAAAUCAAAAACCCAUUUGAGAAAUUUGAAUGUGAAAAUGGAAUUGCUCUUGCUCUUCUUCAAGAAAACCCUAAUAAUACGAUACACAAACCUAAUUCCAUCAGCCGAAAGGUUCUAUUUGGAUCAACCCUCAGGAUUCAAAUCCCGUCACACUCUAAAGAUCCUUGUGAUUUUGGGAUCAAGUCCAGGAAUUUGCAGUCGCCGGGUCGGGUAACCACAAAUGGACCCGGAUCUCCUCGAGCUUCAAUGGAUGCUUUGUCUUUGAGUGAGAUGGAGCUCUCAGAGGAGUACACAAGAGUAAUCUCUUAUGGGUCUAACCCAAAAAUCACCCAUAUUUACGAUAAUUGUGUUGUGGGCAGUUAUUGUGAUGCUCUUCAUUCGGAUCAUAGCCCGAAAUCGCCAUGGCAGAGCUUUUCAAGCUUGUGUUAUACCUGCAAGAAGAAUUUUGAAGAGAAUAGCGACAUUUUCAUGUACAGGGGUGAGAAAGGUUUUUGCAGUGAAGAAUGCAGAUGCCAAGAAAUGAUUAUGGAUGAAUUGAUGAACUCAGAGCAAUUGUGUCAAUGACUACUUUACCCUUCAAACUUUAUCUUAUGGAGGUGGAUGCAAAUCAUGCAAUGUUGUAGUUUCCUCGAUAACGAUGAAGAUCAAUUAAGUCGAUAGUUUGUUAUAUCUUUUGUAAUGUGUUUGAAGGAGUAAAUAGCUCUCUUGAGUUGAAUAAAAUGCAAAAAUAUUAACCUAUGCUCUAUUGUAUAUGGGGACUAUACUUCAACAAAUAUAACGACCAUAUUCUUGAAGAGAGGCGUGGUUCAAAAAAAUAUAGAGAAACCAAAAAAAGUUUGUGUUUCAUGUCUUUCAUUGGGAAUAUAAACGAAGAGGAAAAAUGUUUGGUGGUUCUUUUUCCAGAACUUUAAUCCCCAAUAUAAGGAUAUUUGGAGAGAAAAGAAUUUGUUCAACCUUUUCAAUUGUUAUUUAAACUAAUAUAUUUUGUGAGAGCCUAAUUGUUGUGGAG